UGUUGAAAUUGUACUCUGACCUAUAAAUAAGGUAAGAAGUGAAGCCCUAACGGCACACCGUAACCUUGCAGGAUUUAACCAGAAGGAAUUAAUAGAAGGUUGCUUCUGCUGGUGGUGCUCCAAUCCUGGCCCUGUAAAGUAUUUCAAAUGGCGAGCGUCAGCAAUUUCGAAGCGAGCGUGAAGGAAUUUUGCAAUUUGGGAAAAAAGUACGUCCGAGGAUGGAAACACCAGGUGGACGUCGUCAUACCAAGAAUGCAGACGGCCAAAGCCACCUGCAGAAACUACAGGGUAGUGAGAAGAUUCAGUGAAAAAGCCUUCACGAUCAAGUUUCCGACGACGAUCAACUCGCUGGAGAAUAAAAUUGUACGGCUUAUCGAACAGGACUUGGUAGCGAUACACAGGAGCUUGGAAGUGUUCAACGAACUCAACAAGGGCCUGCAGAGAUGCUGCGAGAUAAUCGAAAGAUGUUCGCUUGAAAACUGCCCAUCAAAAAUGCUCAAAGGUUUUUUCCCUUUUCUCUUGAUGUACACUGAAGAUGUCAUGCGGACAUCCAACGCACACUGCUUACAACUACAAUGCGCUUUAAGCAAAAUAAAUUACCUAAACGAAGAAUCAUUUUAUGAAUUAGAAGGAACUAUGGCCAAAGCGGAUAAAUUAGUCACAACAAUGGAAGACAUACUGCGAGUAGCAGAAGGAUUUAUAGACCAAUCAUGAUAAUGUACUUUACCUAAAAUGACUAAAAUUUGUACAAGUACGAA